AUGGCAAUUGUUGUUGUUGAGUUUCUGCUACAGAACUUGUCACGGCUUCUUGAAGAUGAAUUCACGCUGCUUUCUGGCGUGGAGGAAAAAAUCAAAUCCCUUUGCAAUGAGCUCAAGUUCAUAGACAUCUUUCUCAAGAGGUCUGAGGGCAAGUGCAACGACGAAGUUCUGAAAGAAGUCGAACGAUUCAUCGUGCUUCACAAAUUCAACGCUGAAAUAGAGUCGAUCAGGAGUCGUAUUGAAGAGAUUUACGAGAACAGGGAGAGGUAUGGCAUCAGAGAAGGAGAAUUCCAAAGUGAUGAAGCCGCUGCAGCAGAAUCACUCCGCAGGAGAAGAAGGGAUGUGGAGGAAGAAGAUGUGCAACUCAUCAUGGAAAGUGAUUCACGUCGGAAAGUUAUUCCCAUAAUCGGAAUGGGAGUGUUGGGCAAGACCACUCUUGCCAGAAAGAUCUAUAACAACAAUCAGAAAACAUCGGAUGGAGGUGAAGAAUUAGGUGAGGAAGAACUGAAGAAGAAGGUAGCAGAAGGGUUGAAGGGGAAGAAGUACCUGGUAGUGCUUGAUGACAUAUGGAAAACCAAAGUAUGGGACGAGGUCAAAAGUGCUUUUCCAGAUGACCGAACAGGUAGCAGAAUACUGAUAACAAGUCGUGAGAAGGAGGUGGCAACUAUGUAG